UACACCAUAUGCGUAGGAAGUCCAUUUUAUUGUUAAACGAAAGACAGACGCGUACGCGUCGUGGUUUACAGUGCGCACGUUACUACAUAACAUAGACGUGAGACUUGUGGGAUAAACUUGUAGUGAACAUAACUAAAAGUGUUGCAUAAUAGCGUAAAAUUGUGUUAAACAACGAUGAAAGUGAAAUUAUUAAUAGCCUUCACGCUAUUGGCAGUUAUUGCUUCUAGCAACGCGGUGAAAAUUCGUCCUCUCGGCAGAUAUGGACAGAAGCGUGCUGUGGAAAGUGAACAGAAAAAGGAUAUACUGUCCGUAGCAGAGAAAACUGAGGACGCAACAAUUGAAGAGAAAUCCGAUAAACGGUCGGAGUCAGCGUCGCCAUCUGCAUCGCCGUCUUCAGCACCUGCUGAGCUGCAGCGUAAGGAAGAUGUUGGCAAGGAUGUGCACAAACGUGGCAUUUACUACAAUGGCGGACUCGGGUAUGGUGCACAUGCCGCCCAAGCCUCGUACUGGCCUAAGUCUUACGCCUCACACUAUGGAUAUAGUUUGGAUUUGCCAAGCGCUGCUGCUUUCUCCAAUGUAGCUGCACAUGCACACGUCCACGACUAUGCCCACGCUCACGCUUAUGCCCACGGGCACGCGCAUGCUCACACCCCCGUCUACGCAACUGCUCCAGCUUUUGCUCAAGCCCCUGCAUACGCCCAUGGUCCAGUUUACGCCGCACAUGCUCAUGCGCCAACUUUAGUGAAAUAUCCAAGCGCGGGUGGCUUCCACAUUAAGCAGUUUGCCUCUGCUCCAGCCGCGUUUCCUGUCGCCACCUAUGGUGGUUCCAAUAUUGGUUUAGAUAACACUGCUAUUAGCUUUGGUUCAGCUGCCGCCGUACCCGCUGUUGCGCCUCCCGCUGUGCAGCCAUUACCACAUGUGCAUGUAUCGUCAUUUGCGUCCCCUGUUUCACCCGCUGUGGCACCUGUAGCACCCGCCGUCGCAACUGCUGCUCCUGUUUCGCCAUUUGUUUUGCGUCCUGGUGGCGCCGUCGUCUCUUCCUACAGCGUAAACUAUCCUCGUUUCCCUCAAAAGCCUGUGGUAGCUGUGCCUAAUAUUACGCCCGUUCAACCAGUGGCCCAUGUGCACCCAGUGCAACCAGUUCAACCGUUACAACCUGUGCAGCCGUUACAUCCAGUACAGCCUUUACAACCCGUACAGCCCGUACAACAUUUCCAUACAGUGCAGCCGUUACAACCAGCACAACCGCUUCAACCAGUGCCGGCUUUAGCGCCCGUACAUCCGGUCCAACCGGUUCAUUCUGUUGUGCAAGUACAACACACGACUCAUCCAAUUGCAUCUGUACAGCCGUUACAUCACUAUCCUCAUUAUUUCCAGACGAGCUUCGUUCAGCCACAACGUAUCCCUGUUGCUGUGCCAGCCGCCCCCGUACCCGCAAUACCAGCCAUUCCUGCCGUACCGGUUACACCGAGUUUCCCUGCCAUACCCAGUUUUCCGCCAGCGCCCGCUUUGCCCGCAAUCCCCACUUUUCCCUCUGCACCAGCUUUCCCUACCAUACCCGCAGUGCCUGCAGUGCCUACCACGCCAGCUGUGCCAACCACACCCGCAGUGAGCAUACCAACGGUACGUCCAACGGCUUCGAACCCCAACCCUGUUUUUCCCAUCGGUGUUCAACCACCCAGACGCCCGGAGCAAUCACCCACCUUUGUAAGUAUACCAGUGCAGCCGGAGGCGCAGUUUCCACCACUUGGUCCUGUGCCCGGUUCGCAAAGACCGGAGGGUGGUAGCGCCGAGGCAGCACCGCAGAUUCCCAACAUUCAGCCAAUCGCUGCACCACAACCUGAGCCCGAAUUGCCCGCCGUACAAGGCGCUGAGGAGCCCUGGAAACCCAUACUUUCUUAUGGACCACCCAGUGUGGACCGACCAGCAUUAACUCUUUUGCCACCCUAUGGCAGCUCGCCGGGAGAGGCUUACUUGCCACCAGUCGCUUCGGCGCAACAACAGCAACAGCAAUAUCAGUAUCAGCAGCAGCAACAACAAGCUGGACUUUUCGAUAACCUCUCGGAUUCGGAAAUCGAACACAUUUUUGCACAGGCGGCCAAUUUAGCCUCAAAGCAUGCGUCGCAACAUCAACACCACCGCACUUUCUCGCACUAUUAAGUGUUGGGAGAAACAAAGUUUAGUCUUUAAUCUAGUUAAGUGUUAGUGUGUGAAUUCUACUUAAGUAUUGCAAAAGUUUGGAGCGGUGAUUUCGAAUUUCGGGGAAUUUCUUAUAAAACUUCGGAGUAGAGAGGACGAAAUUCGUCGAAUUUAAUGCUCAGUGUUAGCUUUUAAUUUAAGUUCUUGCUUAAGUUAUUCAAUUAUUUAUUUACAGAAAUAAAAAUGUAAGCGGAAAUUAAGAAGAAAG